AGCUCCAGCUGCUCCACUCUCAGCCCCCCGCCUCCAAUCUGCCAGCAUGGCAGCAAAACAGUUCUACCGGAAAGGCUUUUUAUUACUUUUAUUUAAUUUUAUCUCCACGGCGGCGCUGGAGAAGCGCUUCUCGGACUUGAAAAGAUGCGCGGACGAGGAGUGCAGCAUGCUGCUCUGCCGUGGAAAAGCAGUGGAAGACUUCUCAGGACCCGACUGCCGCUUCUUAUCAUUCAAGAAGACUGACACGGUCUACGUGUAUUACAAGCUGUCAGGCAGGAGGACCGACAUGUGGGCUGGAAGUGUUGGAAGCACCUUUGGCUACUUCCCAAAGGAUCUUAUUGCAGUAAACCAUGUUUAUACUGACAAAGAGCAUGAAGUUCCAGCUGAGGAAACAGAUUUUGUCUGUUUUGACACUGGAUUUGAUAGAUUUGAUAAUUAUGAUAUAGAUUCAUUGCUGGACCCGUCCAGGGGCGACGAUGAGGCAACAAAAGUGCCUGAAGAGACAGAGGCAGAUACCAGACCGUCAGAUGGGGAGGUGGAGGAUGAAGGGAAGCUACUGUUUGAGCCUUACAGCUCUGAAGAUGUGGUUGCUGAUGAUCCAAGUGCCUCUUUGCCUGAUGAAGAGCCUCCUACUGAGGACGUGGAGGAGAAGGAAGCUGUUGAGUCACAGAGGGAAGAGAGCGAUCCCACACAACAAGACUCUGAUUCAGUCAACAGUGAAGCCAAAGAAGCAGAAAUGAAACAUGAAAUAGAGGAACCGCAACAUGGGCAGAAAAAGCCGGUGACAGUCUCUGAAGAGUUGCAAAUCCCAAAACUGGAAACAACAUUCGGGUCGACUUUUGAUGCCAUUGCCACAGAUGCUGACAUCACCACUAAAACUUCUCCAAAUGAAGAGGAGGAAGGGAUCGGACAGCAGUGCACAGAUCAGGAUGAGGCUGCUGAAGCAGGUUCUGAACCUCGGCUGUUGUCUUUCACAGAGGAACAGUCGGAUGAUUCUGUUAAAGAGCCAGAAGUUCCUCCAAGAGAAGAUCAGGAACUCAGAACACCUGAGGAGAAAGGCAUGUGGACCAAACUUGGAGAUUCGGUCUUCUCAGUGGUGAUGGGAGGAGAGCGUCCAGAGACUGGUGGCUCUGAUGAAGAUGAUGAGGAUGAAGACGACGAUGAUGAUGAAGCAGUUGAAGAAACACCUCUGAGUUUUGAUGAACUAAAGAAAGACAAAGAACCGAUUACAGGAUUUCCACAAGGUCCAGAUCCAGUAGAAGACCAGGGCUCAAACGCUGUAGAAGUGGAGGAUGCAGACAGUGACUCCAAAAAGCUGCUGUUUGAAGAUGAUGAAGAGCCUCCGAAGCCCGAAGAACCUCUGGAUGAAGCACCACAACCUACAGAAGACAACACAACCCCUCAAGUAGAACCAGAUUUACCUGAUUCUCAAACUCAAGUGGAUUCAAAAGUUGCACUUUUGAAUGAUGAAGUGAUGGAUGGACCCAGUCCCGAAGCUAAUGUGGGAUCUGAGAUGAUAGUAGAUGAUAAUAAAACAGCAGUGGAAGCACCUGAACCAGAAGAGACAGAAGGAGUUCAGGUUACAAUUAUCAAUGAUGAUAGUUUGAUUAAAGUCCAUGAACAAGAACCAGAUGUAGAAACUGAAGCUAACCUAUUUGAAUUUUCUAUAGAAGAAACAAAGGCAGAAGACGUGACCACUGAUCGGGCAGAUGAAGAGCUGCUGGAGGAUGAAAAUGCUCUUCUUAACUCUCAGUCACAGAAACCAGACCAGGACGAACAAACUGAUGCUACAGACACUGAAAGCCUUUCACCAGGAAGAGUGGACACCCCUGAGCCUCCUCAGGAACCAGAGUACAGCGACAGCAUAAGGCGCCUGACUCUCCUCUGGACUCACUUCUCAGAGGAGAGCAUGACUCGCUUCCGCAAGUUCCUCACUCUCAAAAAUCUCUACAAACUGGAGUCCAUGUACACCGACCUGGACUUGGAGCUGCAGGCCGCUCGGCUCUCGCCGUCAGACACGGUGCAAGACGUUGAAAACGCUCUGGAGCGAAUCCUGGAAGCCUCCGAAAACACCAUCUUGGACGAGAUAGAGAAGAUGCUGGAUGAGCGGCUGAAAAGAAACAACGAUCCAGAUCAGGAUGACACUGUAGACGAGGAGACGGAGAUACUGGAUGAGUUCCAGGACCUGGGAUUUACCCUUCGUCAAAAAUAUUCGACAGCCAGAGACAGCACACCUUUAGCAGAGGAGAAGGCAGAAGAUGUUGUCCAAGGUGAACACAACCCGGAUGUUAACAACUCUGCCGUCACAGUUGAGGAGGAAAAAGCUGCCGUCCCAGAGGUGGAUAUUGCCGACAUUCCCUUAGCUGUCGACCACCAGGAAAGGGUUGUUGACACUCAGGAGGAGAGCGUCGUCAUAGAAGAUAAACACGCGCCAGAUGUGACAACAGGCUCGCCCGCCUCAAUCGAAGAAAGCUUGGGUGACAUUCCAGCGGCGGACGGUGGUGACAACCACACAGGUUUUGAGGAAACACCAGCAGCGACCCAAGAAGAGCCUGUUGUUACUGAAGAAGUGUACCCCACUGCUGACGUGAGCAUGGAAGAGGAAGGCGCUCACUUUAACGUAAACAAGCAGGAUCAGCCGCAUUUGGAGACGGCGGAGCACCAGAAAGUGCCGCAGGAUACUCUGGAGAGUCCCCUCGACAUGGGCCUGGGGGUGGAUGUCGAGACCUCGCCCUCUGAAAAAUUCAACCUGUUUGAUGCCGUGUCUGACAUUCAUGAGGAGGAAGUUGGAAUAUGGUCUACUGGAUUUCUUUACACUGGAUGCCUCAUCAGUAUGAUCAAGGCUAAGGUGUUCGAGUGGACAGUGGAGAUGAUUUCCCUCCUGCCUGAAGAGUGGAAACCAGGUGAGACGUUGUUCGGCCUUCCCUGGCAGGCGGUUGUCGUCACAGCUUUAGUCGGCGUCUUCUCUUUUGCUGUCUUCUUUUGGAGAACCGUGUUGACGGUGAAGAAAAAAGAAUAUCUAGUGGAUGAGAAGAGGAUAGCGGAGCAGAUACAGACUCUCAAGAAAGAAAAGGACGACGCUUUGCAGAAAAUAACUGAACUGCAGAAACGCACCGAAGAACUGAAGGAAGACCAAAAGCUGUCUGCGGAGAAUGUCAAUUGUACGAUGAAAAAGAUAGAAGAAUUGCAGGCUCAGAUUUUGGAAGCCGAAGCCCAAAAUGACAGAAUAGCCCAAGAAAAGAUUGACUAUUCAAAGCUACUGGAGGAGGAGCGUGAAAACGCACAACAGAACGAAACCAGGAUUCAGAAACUGGAGAAGUCCAAUGAAAAGCUGCAGCUCAAUAGGAAGAAGGUCCAGGAAGCGUUGGCCAAGACCAAUGCUCUCCUGGACGAGGCCAAGAUUCGCGAAGAAGCCCGAAAUGCUCAGCAGAAACUCCUCCAGAAAGAAUACACAGUUCUGAAAGAAGAAAAUAAAACUUUAAAAUCGACCAUUAAAGAAUGGGAGGACAAACACACUGAGCUGAGCGACCAGAUUAAAGUCUACCAGAAGUCUCAGAAGGAGCUGGAGGACUCUCUGGUGCAGAAGGAUCACAGCCUGGAGGUUUUGUCAGAUCUGCUGGCAGACUUGGAAGCAUGUGACCUUCAGAAAUCAGACUCCAAAACGUUAGCAAAUGGUGAUGUAGCACCUGAAAAGAAGGCAGUCUUGCAGAACAGAAUCAAGCAGAUGAUGGACGUUUCUCGGGUGCAGACGACGCUGGCAGUGAUCGAGGAAGAGAGGGAUCGCUUCAUGACCAAACUGCUGAACGAAGAAAAGGCUAGGAAAGAGCUGGAAGAGAAACAUCAGGAGCUGGAGCACGAAAUCGGAACCCUCAAAAGCAAGAAGAGCCACGUGGAAAACCAGCUGAAGGUUCUUCAGCAGAAGAAUGAGAUCAUGGUGGAGAUGUACCAGCAGAAGGAGAACGCUUUACAACAGAGGCUGACGAAGGAGGAGCUUGAGCGCCAGAGCAAAGAGAGCAUGUUGACCGAGGUGGGAGGGAAAGCCGUGGCAGCCGAGGAGCAAGUCAAGCUCUUCAGGCAGCGCAUCACUGAGAUGGAGGAGCAGAUGAAGAAGACAGAGGAGGUCUACAAAGAGCAGAUCAAAGACCUGGAGAACAAGACACACUCCAACUGGCUGAAGGCUCGGAACGCGGAGCGAGCGCUGAACCAAGAGAAGAUCGAGUUGUCUAAGCUGCGAGAGAAACUGGCCGUGGUGUCCUCCCAGCUGAACGAGCGCCGGGCUCCUCUCUUCAGACCGAACUCUGGACAAGCCUCCGGCCUGCGGCAAGGUGACUCGUACGGGCCCUCACCUGUGAGUGGGGGCGCUCCGUCCCCCCCGAUCAUGAUCGAGGGCCCCAGGAGACCUCCAUCAGCCCCGGUAGGGCGAAGAAUCGACCCGUAUGGUCCGCGACCCCCAUCGGACCCUCAUGGCCGCUACCCCGACGGCAAGCACAUGUCUGGGAUGGGUGAGUCAACUCGCCCCCCCCCUCCUCCACAGCCGUCCAGUCUUCAGAACUCAAUGUGUUUUCUUCUAGACAUUCCGGGCCCUAGAAGCUCUUCCCCCACCAACAUGGACUCCUCCGGUCCGGGGUCCUUCUUGGCCUCUCCCAUCAGAGACUCUCCGGGGCCUCUGCUGCUUGACCCUCAGGGUCGGGGUCCUCCUCCAGGGCCGUACAGACCUCCCCGACCCGGCCAGUUUCACCCAGGGCCCCUCCCCGCCAACGGACACCCAGGGAUGCCCCUGCCCGGACCCAUGGGGGUAGAGCUCGGCCCUCGGCCUGCCAACGGACACACGUAUGCGCCCAGACCCGGUCCCAUGAUGGACCCCCGGGGUCCACCUCCGCCACAUUUCCGUCCGCCUCCGCCUCACCUCUACAGGCCCCCGCCUCCUGUGCAAGGUGUGCGAGGCCCGAUGGGGCCACGGGCCCCCUUCCCUCCGGACAUGCGCUUCCCCGGACCCCCGAUGGACUUGCCCCCGGGUGCCGUGCCUCACCCCGCCCAAGUAUACAGCCACGCCCCUCCGCUCUCAGCCGGACCCCCGGCUGGUCCCGCUCUGGAUCGGCCCCUGAAGCAGGACUCCUCUCAGGACCCGGCGAGGCCGGCGCCGGUCUAAGCCUUAAAAGGUCCCCCGGCCCAGACUGACUUGACCCCUCCUCGCCCUUGGACUCGCAAUCAACGCGGUGAUCAUGUCACGAAAUAAAAGCUGCAAAGACGCCAGACGUGCUCCUUUAGCUGGUUGAGGUGGUCAUGUGACACAGUCAGUACUGGAGACUGUGCAAAAAUGGCUUCAGAGGAAUUUUAUCGGUUUUUAAAAUGACAUUGAUUUUAAGGGCAGAUGUGUUGAUGAUGUCAUUUCCUGUGGAAAUUAUGGUUCUAGUCGCACGAAGGGAGGCGGAGCCACGGUGGCCGGACCUCUAACUUAUUUUACUAUGAUGCUCCAUUUUUGGAUAAUAAAGAAUGUAAAAGAUGCUUCAUGGUGUCGCUCCAGCUCCUCUGCAUGACACGCUAGUUACAGUCCAGACUUGUCGCCUCUGCAACAAUAAACUUCUGGAGCCAGUGAUCAGCUCGUGUUUGCUGCGCCAUUCAGCCUCCACACUGUCGACGGUUCCAUUCCACUUGUUUAGUUAUUCCACCAAUGUUUGCUUGAGUUUGUUUCUGUCAACUUAUUUUUUUGUUGUGAAAGUGG